AGUCAGCAGCAGGUUUAAGUUUCCCUGAGAGAGGAAACGAAAGUGAAAGCAGCCGCGGCCUGAGAGAGCUCCGUGUGUUGUUGUCAGUCUGUCGGAGAGUUACCGGAGAACACGAUGGAGCAGACCGAGAGUCCGCCACCGGUGACCGUGGAGGGGGACUGGGGUCCGGCCCAGACCAAGACCGUGAAGAACAAACUGGAGCUUUACUUCGGGAGCAAGAAGAAAUCCAGCGGGGGGGACUGCCGGGUGGAGGCCGAGGAAGAAGCUCCGAGAGCGGCCGUAUACUUCCAAUGCCCGGAGGUGCGCAAGCGUGUCAUCGCCAGAAAGAAUCAUGAAAUCAUCGUGGGGAAUCAAACGCUCAAGUUACGUCUGAUUUCUGCACCGAGCCCAGUGAACAGUGAUGACGCCUCAGAUUUACCGGCAGAUUUAAAGACUCCUGAAGCUACUGCAGAGAAAAAAGAGGCAGAUGAAAAAACCGAUACAGAGAAGGAGAAGUCCGUUCAGAGCGGCGCUGUGGUGUUGGACAACGUGUCGGACCGCCUGUCCAGAGAUCUGCUGUUCAUGCUGGUGGAGAACAUCUCGGGUUUGGACGAGACCUGCUACAGUCUGGAGAUCAUCUGGGAGAGCAGCAGAGCCGUGAUCACCUUUAACAAACCUGCAGAUGUGGACAAGUUCCUCACUGGCAGUCGGUGCAGUCAGAAGCUGCAGAAACACGGACUGACCGCUCGACCACUGGAGGCAGCAGAGAGCGUCCGCGUGGAGAAUCUUUCUCCGACUGCGGUUAAAGAGAUGUUGGAGCUGUUUUUUGAGAAGAGCUGGACACUGCCUGACAAUGUCGUCAUGAUCCCAGAUGAACAUGCUGCUAUUGCAACUUUCAAUAACGCCAAAGUUGUGGAAAGCAUUUGCCGUAAACAAGACCAUGCGAUGCGAUCCAUAACUUUCAAGGUGUAUCCGUACUAUGAGUCCAUGGGCACCGCCUUGUACGGCAAAGAACGACCAACAUGGAAGAUGCCCGAGCCUUUCAGAGAGAGUGUUCACAAUGUAGUCUGGAGAUUCCUCCGGGAGAAGAAACUGUUCCAAAGUAUCAACGAUCAGAUGUCUUCAUACUUCUGUAGCGUGAAUUUGGACAACCCUGAUGUAAUACUCAGCCCUCUCCCCAGCCUUUUAAGGCAGAAAGGUCUAACUGCCAGACAUGUAGAUACCUGGAUGAGUACAGCACAAGAGGCCUUCCGUCAGCAAAUGUCUCAGUACUCUGCCUUCGAAUGUAAAGUGAAUGCCAGUGCAUGGAAAGCUGCAGAAAAAGAAGUCCGUUCCGUUGUCAAGGAAGAUGCUGCCCUCGUUCUGGAUGCAUCCCGGGGGAUUUUGACUGUGGCUGGCCGAGGUGACGAUAUAAAGAAAGUCAAAGGUCCUGUGGAGAACAUUGUUCUUAAAGCCAUCAGCCAGAUCAAACGGCAGACAGAAGGUGUAUCUGAGUGUAUGGAUAUGUCCCCUGCAAAGUUCUACAUCCUGAAUCAGGAGGGCUUACUCAAAGCUGCCCAGGACAUCUCCCCUGACAUGAAAAUCUCGAUGGAUGAAGGCGCCCAGAAGUUAACCAUUACAGGACUACCUGCAGAAGUUUACAAGACUAAGUCAUGGAUCCUGGAGCGGACCGUGGGUAUGAGUAAGAAGCAGCUGAAUGUCUCUCCAAGUCUUUUAGACUAUCUUAAUACAGUGGAUGCCAUGGACAUGUCAAAGGGCCUGUUCACAUCCCAAGGCAUCAGUGCCAUCUACAGCAUUGAUAGCAAAGGGGUUUUACUGUUGGGGACUUCUGAGCCUGUCCUUGCUGUUGCAGAGAAAAAGAUGGAGACAGUUUUUAGUGUGGAGACUCUGGAUGUGGAAGAUCAAGAAGUUCUGAAACUUCACAACUGGGUGGACCUAAACCAACAGCUGUUGGACACCUACAACUCCUUAAAGAAUAAAACAGUGGCCAUUCAGAUCCAACCAGAAAGAAGAAACAAAAUAACUGUGACCGGCUUCCAGAUUCCAGUAAAAGAGGUUAGCAAUAGUCUGAGGGAAUUCAUUGUUAACUUCUCACAAGUUAAAGAAACCAUUCGCGUCGGGUCUUUUGCUGUUGUUCUGUUCAUUGAGAAUAAAAAAAAACAAGAGUGGUUCAGUAUUGCCAAAGAUAAUGCUGUUGAAGUCCAAUUUGAUUCAGAGAGGCCAAAAAUAACUUUGGCAGGGGCUCGUCUUCAUGUACAGAAAGCCAAAUGCUGCUUUCAGGAACUGACUAGUGCUCUCUCCACUGACAACUUUGUUGUGGAUAAGCCUGGAGCCAAGAAGUACUUCCAGACUCAAGGAAGCCUUUUCCUUUCUACAAUAAUGACCGAAUACAGCUGUGUGGUCGUGCUCUGUCCAGAGAAUCAAGAAGAAGAGGAAGAAGAGAACUAUGGGGAAGAAAAUGGCCUUUGUUUUUGCAAAGUGAAGACUGCCAAUGGGGUUCUAGUUUCCGUCAGCAAUGCAGACAUCUGUACCCUAAACGUGGAUGCGGUGGUCAAUGCUGCUAAUGAAGACUUACAGCACAUUGGAGGCCUGGCUCAUGCACUUCUCAAGGCUGCAGGACCAGAACUGCAGAAAAUCAGCAAUGACCAUAUACAGGUAAAUGGAAAACUUCGCCCAGGUGAAGCCAUCGUAACAGGCGCAUGCAACCUGCCUUGCAAGUACGUCGUACAUGCCGUCGGUCCUCGGUUCCAUGACUCAGAUAAGAUGACAGCAGUGUCACGUCUGAAGCUUGCUGUUAAAAACAGUCUGAAACAAGCAGAGCAAGUGAACUGCUCCACCAUUGCACUGCCAGCGAUCAGCUCAGGAGUGUUCGGGUUUCCUGUGGACCUCUGUGCUGACACCAUAGCACAGGCAGUGAGGGAGUACUGUGACAGUCCAGGAGCUCCACGGUCACUGACGGAGAUCCAGCUGGUGGACAACAUCCAUAACACUGUUAAGGUCUUGGCCACAGCUGUCAACAGAGAGUUCAAUGACCUCGGACCCAUUUUGACUCUACCACAGCUGGCAGGAGGAAGAGGCACCGGGGCUUCAGGACAUCAGUGGGGUCGAGGUCAAAGCCAGUCAUCCAGGGGCCAUCAAGGCGCUGAAAGAGGAGGAGGACGCAGAGGUGGACGCCGAGGAGGACGUGAAGGAGAACCCGGACGAGGAAACGGAGGAGGAAAAGGAGGAGAACGCGGAGGAGAACGUGGAGGAGCAGCUGGAUUUGAGGGAGGUUUGCGAGGUAACAGGGAAAGUCAGAGCCCCAGGGGACACGCCAGGUCUGAAGGGCAUGGAGGGUCAGGGAGGAUGGAGCAGACCACGUCGGAGGGUCUUAGGAUUGUUCUGCUGAAGGGAAACAUCCAGGACCAGACUACUGACGUCAUCAUCAACACCAUCUCAGCGGACAUGGACCUGAUCCAGGGAGCUGUGUCUAAAGCCAUCCUGCAGGCGGCCGGGCCAGGCCUGCAGAGGGCGGUUCUGACUGAAGGGGGGGCGACUGUGCUGCCAGAGGGCGAUGUCGUCAUCACCGAUGGCUUCAACCUCAACUGUCGAAAAGUCUUUCAUACCGUUUGCCCUUUUUGGAACAACGGAGCGGGCCAUGAGGAGUUGAUAACCAUCAUCAGAUAUUGUCUGGAGGAGGCUGAGAAGAAUCAGAUGACGUCGCUGUCCUUCCCCGCCAUCGGCACAGGAAACCUGAGCUUCCCCAGAGACGUGGUGUCCAGAGUCCUGCUGCAGGAGAUCCACUCGUUCAGCCGCAGACGAUCCCCUCGCUAUCUGAGAGCGGUGGCCAUCGUCGUUCACCCGAGUGACAAGCAAACUGUGGAUUGUUUCACCAGGGAGUUCAGUGGUGAGAGUGGUCAGAGAACCAAGUCACCCGUUAGGCCAGUCAGUCAUCAUCCAAUCAGCCAAUCACAGCAGUCCUCAGCCUCCUUUGGUCAGGUGUCGUCCCCCUCCCUCGGUGUGUAUCAGAUGCAGAUGGGUCAGCUCACACUGGAGGUGUCGUCUGGAGACAUUACCAAGGAGGCCUGUGAUGUCAUCAUCAACUCCUCCAAUAAAGACUUUUCCCUUAAAUCAGGCGUUUCCAAGGCGAUCUUAGACAGCGCUGGAUUAACAGUUGAGCAGGAGUGCUCAGGGAUCGUGAGUUCCCCGAGUUUCCAGGCUGAUACAUUCAUCCUGACGUCGGCCGGCCUGCUGCCCAGCAAAAACAUCAUCCACAUCGUGGGCCAGAAUGAUCCUGCCAAUAUUAAAGACAUGGUUUACUCAGUGCUGAAAUACUGUGAGGAGAACAAGUUCAACUCCGUCGCCUUCCCAGCCCUGGGCACAGGUCAGGGAGGGGUCAGUCCGUCGGACGUGGCGGACGCCAUGGUGGACGCGGUGGUGGACUUUGUGAGGAAGAAGCAGACGAGGUUUGUCCACAGCGUGAAGAUCCUGAUCUUUCAGACGGCCAUGAUGUCACUGUUUCACAAGAGCAUGAAGAAGAGAGAGGGGCAGGAGGUGAAGGAGAAGAGCACCUUCACAAAGUUCAAAGACAAAGCAACUUCGUUUUUUAUGGGACUUUUGGAUCAGCAACCCAGCGCUGAUCAUCUGGUUCUGGAGAGUGAGGAGUUUGAACCGACCGUGUUUCAGCUGUGUGCCGACAACGACAUGGCUGUGAAACAGGCUAAGAAGAGGAUCGAAGAGCUGAUUGUGGCGGAGCAGGCGCAGAACACCAUCACAGACCAGUACAUCAGUCAGCUGUCGCAGGAAGACAUGGACCAGCUGAAGGCCCUGCAGAGGAAACUGACCGUUAGCAUCCGCCUGGAACGAGGGCAGGAGGACCAGGAGCCCCACAUCCACCUGGAGGGGCUGACCAGAGACGUGUACACCGCCGAGUCCGCCAUCAGGGACAUCAUCCGCAAGGUGGAGAGGUCGGAGAACAGGAUGAGCAAGGCGUUGAUGAUCAGAGGACACGUGGAGUGGCAGUUUGACUUCGGAGGGAUAAUGGUGCCCUUCGACGAUGACACCAACCUCACCCUGGAGGAGGCUCGGGAGAAAAAGCAGCCGGGGGUGACGAUCAAGAUCAACAACGAGAAAUACCAUGCUGAUGUCAUGAUGCUAAAUGCAGUGUCAGUGAAGGGGAAUAAACAGCUGGAGCUACUUAGGAAAGAGUUGAAAGCUGAUGAUGUGGCGCUGCCCUCACAUUGGGAGGACAUGAAAGGUGAUCUCAAACGGUUUCCUGUCGCUGCGGGAUCCCAGGAAUACACCGACGUGGAGACAGAGCUAAGAAACACCGGCUUCACGCCCAACAUCAUCAGCAUUGAACGAGUCCAGAACACGACACUGUGGAAGAGCUACCAGCUGUUCAAGAAACAGCUGGAUGUGAAGAACAAACACAACAACAACGAGAUGAAGCUCUUCCACGGCACUGGAGCCGACUCCAUCGAUUUCAUCAACAAACGAGGCUUCAACCGCAGCUACGCCGGAACACAUGGUGCGUUGUACGGCAAUGGUUCCUACUUUGCUGUGAACGCAUCGUACUCACAGGGCUACGCUAAACCUGACACCAAGCAGCACAAGCGCAUGUACCUGGCCAAGGUCCUGGUGGGAGACUUCACCACGGGAAGAGCCGGCAUGAUCACCCCCCCCACCAAGAGCUCCAGCAAUGCUACAGACCUGUACGACAGUGUGGCAAAUAACAGCGCCAAUCCAACCAUCUUUGUAGUCUUCAAUGACAUCCAGGCGUACCCAGAAUACCUGAUCACAUUCGCCUGAUCAAUGCUAUGAUCACAUUGUGCCACCGUUCUGAUAAAAACAUACCUCCUUUUGUCUGCAACAGCUGUUUAAUACUUAUAUAAUACAUUGCAUGUUAACUGAAGGGCUCGUUUCCAUUAGCUUUAUUGAGAUUCAAGUUAGCUAGAGGACUAUUUUCAAACUGUCAUUUCCUUAAUCUAACAUUUGUCGCAUUGUUUGUUGCUCUGUAAUGGAAUUUUGAAUUGGUAACAAAUGUCAUCUUUGUGUAAUUUACAGAAAGAUCUAGAGAAAGUUUUCAUGUAAGAUUUCUUUGGAAAUGUUUUACUGAGAUAACACAUGGUUUUAUAUGACAGGAAAUGUGAAUCUUCAAAGUAAGGCCACAUUCAAAGUUAAAACUUGCUUAAAGGUAGGUUAGGUAAGAAUGGAG